AAGGUUUAUUUGUUGAUUUAUUUGUUAACAAUUUUUUAAUCAAAGAAUUCUUUCAUUCUUAAACGAUUUUACAGUAAGUUAAGAGUUAAAUAGAGUCUUAGAAAUAAAAAUAGAUCAACAUCAAUUAAUCACCAAUGGAAGAAGGCUUCAUAACAUCAGUUAUUGACAUCAGUGCAGCUAACCCAACAAUUUCAUCAGUGGUUAGUCCGAAGGAAGAAGUCAAAACAUUCAUAGUUAAAGAAGACGAAGUUGUGGAAGAUUUAAGUAGAAGAAAUGAAAGUGUCGAUAAAUCUUCAGCACCAACAGAAGAUGUGAAGAAAGAUUUAGUCGCAGCGUCCACAAGAUUCGUCAUAAGUUCUGAUCAAGGUAAAGAUGAGCAACCUGAAGAAAAGAAAUUGAAACUUGAUUCGCCUUCGCCCUCUAAUAAAAAAAAUAAUAUUAGAUCAACAGCUGAAAAACCUUUAUCAAAGAGUCAGAAAAAUAAAAUUCGAUAUAGAAAAAAUCGACUUCGUAAGUUGAUGUCAGUCAACAUUGAUGAUGUGCCGCUGGUGACCGCAAUCAAUCAGGCCCUACAAGUCCAAGCGUCCCCGCCUAUUCAGGUAACUCCACAGUCCCCGACAGCUUCCAACAUCAUCCCAAUCUUGAAUAACUCGCAUGUAAUUUCGAUCCUUGGACGAAUGGAAAGCGACUACACAGUCGUAGACCAUCCCGUACAAAUCGCAAAUCAGGACUCGCUUUCUGGCGCAACAUACGAUCAAAUGCAAGCAAUUUGCUCAACCGACAUGAACUUGACCAGGAACGACUUCAUCCGAAUGUGGAAGACAUUAAUCCUUAAACGGGUUCAAGAUGUCUACGAGAUCGAAAAGCAUUUGCGACCAGCACAUUUCAUUGCAAUCUCUCGAACCAUCAUGGUUCCAGCUCCACUCGGCGAUUUACUCGCCAACCUUGGCAUGUUUCACUCAUCUGCAACUGGUCACUUCCAUCAUAUCACACCGCCAGCAUAUCCUGCAGAACCAGACGAUUGGUGGGUCGUCGAUAAUGAUCUCGUUGCUCGAUGGUCUCACACCAUGGCUCGUAUGCAGUAUCGCUAUCGCAUGAAGGAGUUUCCAUCUAAUCGCGAGGUCGACAACCGACCCAUGAUACUCAUCAGACGUAGUCCCAUUCAAAAUGGGUUUCUACUCUUAAAAGCAAACACCAAUGAACCAAGACUUGUCGAUGGUGUCAUCUCCGCUGUGAACGACGAACUCUUCGACGAUGUCGCUUGCUUCACUUUCGACAACGCGGCACUUAACGUCAGCUCAAGCUUUCAAGUGGCACCCGUCCGCGGUACUUAUAUUGGCUCAUACGUUCUCGAUUAGAACGCAUAAACAAUGAACUUUCAAAUGUGAUCCCGCGCUUGGGUACAACAGAAGAUUAAUUUUUUUCUUUCACUUAAUUCCCACUCAUACAUUUAAUAAAACAUUCUAUUAAUUUC